AUGGCAUGGUUAUGUUCAGCUGAUAGUAAUGAAGGUUUAGUAGAUAAAUUGAAGGAAGCGAAAAUGAUUGAAUCAGAGAGGGUUGAGAAAGCAAUGAAAAGAAUUGACAGAAAAAAUUAUGUCUCUUUUAAACCAUAUGCGGACUCCCCUCAGGCAAUAGGAUACGGAGCAACAAUCUCUGCACCUCAUAUGCAUGCUCACGCUUUGGAAAAUUUGGAGAAUUUUUUGAAACCCGGAAUGAAAGUGUUGGACGUGGGAUCAGGUUCAGGUUAUUUGACAGCAUGUAUGACAGAAAUGGUUGGCAAAGAAGGAAAGGUUAUUGGUAUAGAACAUAUUCACCAACUAGUGGAUCUGGCUAAACUAAAUGUUCAGAAAGAUCGACCGGAAUUCUUAGAAUCUAAAAGAGUAGAAUUUAUCGUUGGUGAUGGAAGAAAGGGAUAUCCAGAAGAGGCACCUUAUGAUUGCAUUCAUGUUGGUGCAGCUGCUGAAAAAACUCCCCAAGAAUUAAUUAAUCAACUGAAAACUCCUGGACGUUUAUUUAUUCCUGUGGGAGGAAAUGGAUUUCAAACAAUCAAUCAAUAUGACAAAGAUAGUAAUGGAAAAGUUACCAAGAAAUCUUUAAUGGUCGAAAAUUCUACUUUUUAUACCAUGAGUCUCAAAUACAAAAGUACUUUGAAUAGUACCAAUGCAAAUAACUCCGGUUCAAAUGCAAAUUCAAAAAAGAAAAAAAGCACUAGUUCUAAUACUCAACCUGCAAUCAACUCAACAAAUAAUAAUAUUAUAAUUAAUACUUCUCCAUCAACUCCCUUAUUAUUUCCUCAACUUACUGAAGAUCAAAAGGAUGAAAUAAGGGAGGCUUUUGACUUAUUCGAUACUGAUAAAGAUGGUGCAAUGGAUUUUCAUGAAUUAAAGGUAGCUAUGCGCGCUUUAGGGUUCGAUGAAAAUAAAUCCGAAGUUCUCAAGAUUAUCCGUCAAUACGAUAAGAACGAUGAUGGAACGAUUGUAUUUGAUGAUUUUUUUAAAGUUAUGUCUGAGCGUAUAGUAAAUCGUUCACCCGAAGAAGAAAUUCAUAGAGCUUUUCAACUGUUUGAUGACGAUAACACUGGAAAAAUAUCUUUACGUAACCUAAAACGAGUAGCCAAAGAGUUGGGAGAAAAUUUGGAUGAUGAUGAUCUACAAGCAAUGAUCGAUGAAUUUGAUUUGGAUGAAGAUGGAGAGAUUGAUGAGAAAGAAUUCAUGAGAAUUAUGUCUGAAGUUAUUUAA